GGCAGAGGUCCUGGGUUUGAAAACUUAGGACUUUGUACUUUUCUUUCCAAGCCGUGUAGGCCAGCUCUUUGGAGUCUAGUAGUGCAAUCUGUCUUUGUACUUUCUACACCUGAAGCUUGCCUCCCACAGAAGCCGAAGCGUACCCUGAAGUCAAAAAAGGGUAGCUUUCACACUUAGAAACGUCGAAGAUACCGACCAUUACAGCUCUGCUAGGGUCCAGCAUAGGGAAAUAGUCCUGAGGGAUGCAGCAUUUGAGGCAAGGAUCUCGAAGGGACCGCGUAUGUUAGCAAGAAGGCAAGAUGCUGGUUCUAGGAACAUACACGCACAAUCUAGCAGAACAGAAGAGGACGCUGUGAGGCUGUGCAAGCAAAAGGUCGGACAGAAAGAGGUCGCAGUGAUCCGAUCUCAAGACUGACCUCCUUCUUGCCUGGGAUGGGGUCGCAGCAGUGAGGGCGCGUUCAUCAGAUCAUGUCGCGAUGCGUGCACAAGGGGAAGGGCUAGCACUCUGGACAUCACUGAGGAAUUGGGCCACAAACUCGGUCACUUCAACGGACCUGAUGAAUAUAUUAGUAGAGCUGGCAGCUACAAAAACCCCAGUGAAGCUCGAUAGCAUCGAUGUUUUGGGUGCUACAGCUAUAAAACCUCAAGGCGCAACUGUUGUGAAAUUUGCAAGAGAUGAAGGAAUCAGUAAAGCAUUGGAAACAGCGGCGAGGGCCGGUGGUGCCGACGUUUAAG